AUGCGCGCCCCCGAGGCGCGCCCGCUGCUCCAGGUCACCGUCGAUAGCGACGACGAGUCAGAUGGUACCGCUUCCACGAUGUUCCGCGGACGAGCGCUGAGACGGACGGCGUGCAUCUCGGCCGCGUUCGCCGGGCUCGUCAUUCUCGCGGCGUUUGGAUUUUUAUUCGCACACGACGAGGAGCGACGCGCACGAGCGUUGGGCACGGGAUCGUGGAAGGAGUGGUUAAUGUCGUCUGAACGACACGUCAAGAGCGCGUCGGGGAGGGACGCGAGCUCGAAGCUCGUGCAACUGGGUCACGCGGGGGUGUUGUCCCCGACGGCGACGCUGAUCGAUCGCCUGCGCAUAGUACCUGGUACGGAGAACGAGCGACGAGGAGAUAAGGAGACGAUCGAGGUGAAACGAUCGUUCGAUGGACGCGUAAUGCGGGCGCCGAAGUUCCUGAAGAAAUGGGCGACGGCUCCGUUUUGGGAGGGUAACAGUUACGUGAACAUACACGAGACGCCAAACUCCGAGGACGGAGUCGUCAUCGUCACCGGCCACGCGACGGACAUCUCGAAACACGCGUCUCACUGGUUAGCCUCAGCCACGCACUGGGGACUACCCGCGAGAUUAUCGGGACAUGGCACGACGUGGAGAAACUGGGAGGAAAAAACGAUGGGUCUAAAGACAAACUUAUUGCACAUGAAUGGCGAUCCCGUCGUUGUGACCUCGGACACGGGUGAUGUGUUUUUCACGUGCGGACAGGAAGAACUUCUCAAGCGUUUCGAAGCUAGCGGAGCGGAUAUCAUCGCGAGCGGAGAGACGCAGCUUUAUCCGGAGAUAAAGAAGUACUUCAAUAUGCGCGAGCACACAGACUGGCAAAAUGUGAAGAAUAACAUCGGCAAGAUUGGAAAGGUGAAAGAGGCUGCACUCGGUGCUGAGCUCGCGCGACCGUAUCGCUGGGCUAAUGCUGGUUUGCUCAUGGGUCGAAAAAGCGCGCUUCUGCGCUACAUCGAUUUCGUUGAGAAGAGUUUUUUCGAGAACGACGGUUUGUCGCAGACGGAUACACGUUUUCGUUACGCGUGCACCCCGUUCAAUCACACGAAAGAGGAAGCCAGGGAUUUGGACAUAGCGGCGAAAUUCUACGACGAUCAACUCUGUCUGAAUGCGUACGCCAUGAAUCGUGCGGCGGCGAGGGAUAAAUCAUUCAAGAUUGACUCCGACGGAGGCAUCCUCCACUCUCCAGGAGGAAUCGAUCUUAGAAACAUGCUUCGUGAUCCCGUCACCGGCCGAGUGUACAACAAAGAUACCGGUAAAGCUCCAUGCGUUUGGCAUUUCAACAAUCCCGAGGCGAAGAAAAAGCUUAAACUCGUCGUCCAGAGGUUUCCCAACUAUUUCGUCAGCGAAGCCGUCGGUGCCGAAAUCGUGAACUCCGCUGGACCUUCCAGCUCCUGA